AUGCGUGCAUCAUCCUCGGUAGCUGCUGGCUCGGCCAGGCUCAUCGCCUCUACCUCGCCAAGUGCUCGUCUCGCAUCGGCAUCACCACUGCGUCUGACCUCCUCUCCAACCCUAUUCACAUCACGAGCAACAGUUGCAUCGCCAACAAUAACAGCCUCGACAGGCUUUUCAGCACGUCGACCUCUUACAACGACCCCAGCACCGAAAGCAGCUGGCAUCAACCUAGUCAAAGCCACCAUCGCCCUCUCCCUCGUCGGUGUCACGUCUUAUCUUUUCGGUUCCAUGUAUCCACCACAAAUUGUCAAACUUAUUUUCAAACCUCCCUCCCCACCACGUUUGAAAAGCGAUGGACCAGAAGCAGAAGCUUACACUCGAGCGAUCGAAGACGCACUUCACUCCCUGCCCAUCAUUCAACCCCUCAAAUCAACCUCGGUAGCUCACGGAUCGGCAGCAGAACUCGAAGUUCUCCGAUCCCAAGGUAAAUCCAUCACAGACCUCGAUCCUUCCACCACCGUCCAAGUCCCCGCUCACGGCCGUAUCCCAGGCGCUAACGUCGCUGUCUCUGGUCCACCCGUGGAAGGAGGCGCUGCAGACACACACCAAUACAUCAUGACUCGUCCUUACCUCAAAUACAGUCGGGAGAAAGCUCAGCAUAACCUCACCGCUGGGUCGUUGCGUGGGCCUGGCAUGCUCGCCAUCCCACCUCUUGUGUUCACCAAAACCGGCAAAGGCGCACGCGAGCUGGGUGGUGCGGAAGGCGACUCCACUAUUGUUACUCACCUGGGUCCAAGUGUGUGUGGACAUGAUGGGAUCGUGCACGGUGGAAUGCUAGCAACAAUAUGCGAUGAAGCUUUGGCUCGAACUGCAAUGUACAAUCUGCCAGGCAAGGUCGGAGUUACAGCCAGACUAGAGAUCGACUAUCGCAAGCCUACAAUGGCGGAUCAAUUUAUCGUAGUGCAGACAGAGUUGGUGGAGCAGAAGGGCAGGAAAGCGACGGUGAAGGGGACGGUAAGGGAUGUUGAAGGGCAGUUGCUGUUGCAAUGCAGGGCUAUCUUUGUCGAGCCGAAGUACGCGAAAUACUUCUUGGACGCAAAGGCGAUAAAGCAGGAUAUUGAAGGAUAG